AUGCGAUGUCAACAGGGUGCAAGUGACAACUUGAUAAACGAAAUGGAGUUCGUUGACAACGACAAAUACGUAAAUUAUUUUCGAAUGACACCCAGACUUUUCAAUCAAUUACUCGCUUUGAUAGAACCUGGCCUGACGAAACAGACCGUGGUUCGUGACCCGAUUCCUGCUAAAACUCGACUACAAGUUGUUCUACGGUACCUAGCAUCAGGCGAUAGCUUGACAUCGAUCUCCUACGCUUUUCGAAUUGGACACAAUACAGUCGCUAAAAUUGUAGCAGAAGCAUGCAACGAGAUAUGGAGGAGUUUCAAAGAUUCAGUAUUUUUGACGGUGAAUACAAACAAUUGGAAAUCUGUAGCUGACAGCUUUGAGGAAAAGUGGAACUUUCCUAAUUGCAUAGGAGCUAUUGACGGCAAGCAUUUAGUAUUGCAGGCACCGGUGAACAAUGGCUCAACAUUCUAUAAUUACAAGGGCACUCAUAGUUAG